UCCAGACGGACCUCAGACCAGCAAGCCUCUUGCUAUUUUCCCGAGUUACAGCCGUCACCAGGCUGUUCUGGGAAGGGCUUGAGGUCAAAGUUUUGCAUUGUCUGUGUUAUAUCAAUACACCUCUGUGCUGACUGAAAGCUAAAUUUUAUAUGAAAUAGUACUCUGAUUUCUGACACUAAUGGCCUUAAACAAAAUGGAGGAUUUGAAAUUUGAUGGAAUAGCGCGCCUAACUGUGGACUACGUGAAGGGAAUUCUUCAACCCACACCCACCUGUGACAUCUGGGAUCAGAUCUGGAACUUCCAAGCCAAGCCUGAUGAUCUACUUAUUGCUACCUAUCCUAAGGCAGGAACAACAUGGACUCAGGAGAUAGUGGACUUAGUACAAAACGAAGGUGAUGCUGACAGAGGUCAACGGGCACCUACUCAUGUGCGGUUUCCUUUCAUUGAGUGGACGAUUCCGUCCAUAGGAUCUGGUUUGGAACAGGCCAAUGCAAUGCCCUCACCACGGACCCUGAAAACGCAUCUUCCCAUCGACUUGCUGCCCCCGUCUUUCCUGGAGAAAAACUGUAAGAUAAUCUAUGUAGCAAGAAAUCCCAAGGACAACAUGGUGUCUUAUUACCACUUCCAACGGAUGAACAAAGCCCUCCCUGCCCCGGGAACCUGGGAAGAGUAUUUUGAGAGUUUUCUGACUGGGAAAGUGUGCUGGGGCUCCUGGUAUGACCACGUGAGAGGAUGGUGGGAGGCCAAAGAUCGACACCGCAUUCUCUACCUCUUCUAUGAGGACCUGAAGAUGAACACAAAGCAUGAAAUUCGGAAGCUGGGAGAAUUUAUUGGAAAAAACCUAGAUGAUAACGUUCUAGAUAAAAUUGUUCAUCACACUUCAUUUGAUGUUAUGAAGCAAAACCCGAUGGCAAACUAUUCAUCAAUUCCUACUGAAAUCAUGGACCACUCUAUUUCUCCAUUCAUGAGAAAAGGGGCAGUUGGAGACUGGAAGAAUCACUUCACUGUGGCUCAGAAUGAGAGGUUUGAUGAAGACUAUAAGAAGAAAAUGGCUAAUACAAGUCUAACUUUCCACUUCCAACUCUAGUAAGAGAGAAAAAAGUGUUUUCAUUUAUUUCCAAAUUUAUUAGGUAAUUAUCUAUAAAUGUUUUAUUACCCAGACCACAUGAUAUUGGAUUCAGGUUCUUAGACUAGUUAUUUAUUAUGUUUGCUUUUGUUCACUCUAUAAAGGCAAUUAACAGAUUAGUAGAGGUUGAGGGCAAGGUGGAGAGUGAGAACAGAAUGGCAAUAUGGAGGGAUAAAGGUUCACUAAAUUACUAGUUAUGAACAUGACAUUGUUGCUAAUUAUCAUUAUACUUAAGUUUACAGAUCACGUGCUUGUUCACAUAUUAAAUAU